AGAUAUGGCGAAUGUUGAGUGAGUCGAUUAUCCCACACAAUAAAAGUGAUGUGUCAAUUUUAUAAUAAACUUUUUAUCAAGCUUUUGUUAAUUUUUUAUGACAUUUAAAUUUAUCACGUACAAUAGAUCUAGCCAGACAAUAUAGAGGGUCUAAUUUUAAAUAAAUAUGAUGAAUAUUAGUUUAGAUGAAGUUGUUGAGCAACAACAUUUCACGUUCAAUGAAAUCGGGUCCAACAAUGAAAAUGUAAAUAACGCGACUGUGGUGAGUAGCAGCAGUGGAGGGAACCAAAUCAACGUCCCAGGGACGUCGUCUGAUUCUUAUCAGCUCGCUAGCGAAGUUCACGUUGCUUUCGCUCCUCAAAGUAGCAAUCACAGUAAUUUUAAACCAGAAACUCAUAGGACUCCGAGAUCUCCUACCAGGGGAAGUGGUCAAGGAUUCAAAGAAAAUUCACCACUUCUAGGACCCAGGUCUGAUUUUGAACACUCAACUGAAUGGAAUUCAUUUCCAGAGGAUCCUCAAUUUGAAGAAACAGUAUUGGCAGCUGAAUUAGCCAUUGAGGCCAAUGUCUUUCCAGAAAGAAUUUUUCAAGGUUCAAGUGGAAGCUAUUUUGUAAAAAAUGUAGAAGGGAAAAUAGUAGCAGUUUUUAAGCCAAAAGAUGAAGAACCCUAUGGUCAGCUCAACCCAAAGUGGACAAAGUGGAUGCAUAAACUUUGUUGUCCGUGUUGUUUUGGAAGGAGUUGUCUUGUUCCCAAUCAGGGUUAUCUGUCUGAAGCUGGGGCUAGCUUAGUGGACCAGAAGUUAGGUCUUAACGUUGUACCAAACACCAAGGUGGUCCGGUUAGCAAGUGAAACAUUUAACUACAGUGCAAUCGAUAGGGCCAAGGCAAGAACUAAGAGGAAUAUUUAUAACAAAGUGCCAAGGGUUGGAAAACAUUUCAACAGAAUUGGAUUACCACCAAAGACCGGGUCUUUCCAGUUAUUUGUGAAUGGCUAUAAAGACGCAGACUAUUGGUUGCGGAGAUUUGAUAAUGAAGCACUGCCAGAAUCUUCAGCAAAAAAGUUUCAGCAUUUAUUUGAACGUGUUGUUGUACUGGAUUAUAUAAUUCGUAACACAGAUAGAGGAAAUGACAAUUGGUUGAUAAAGUAUGAACCAGCCUCUGCCAAACCACAAAGUUCUGCUCAUAUUGAUGGUGAGGACUCUGAUUGGAGCAUGGUAGAGAACCCAGAAAUCUCUGUUGCUGCUAUUGAUAAUGGACUUGCUUUUCCCUUUAAACACCCAGAUGAAUGGAGAGCUUAUCCAUACCAUUGGGCGUGGCUUCCCCAAGCAAAAGUCCCAUUCUCUCAGGAAAUACAGGACCUUCUCUUGGCCCAGCUUUCAGAUAUGAAUUUUGUUCAAGAUCUUUGUGAUGACCUGUAUGAUUUAUUUAAAAAUGAUAAAGGAUUUGAUCGGCAUACUUUUGAAAGACAAAUGUCUGUAAUGAGAGGCCAGAUCCUGAACCUAACCCAGGCAUUAAAAGAUGGUAGAUCUCCUGUCCAGCUGGUACAGAUGCCUGUGGUCACUGUGGAGCGCAACAAGUCAGCGGUGGGCCGGACACGAGCAGAUAGUGAAGUCUUUACUCAGAGUUUCCAACAUAAAGCUCCUUUCUUCUCUUGGUGCUGAGAUUCUGCGUCUUGUAUCUGCUUUUUAAUGUUGAACCAAUGUAUCAUCUUUAAACUAGUUUCGUAAGAAAUUGAUGUGUAAGAUUAAGACACAAUUUCUUCAAAAGUGUAACUGGUUUAGUGAUAGUUUGUAAAGUGAAAGCAGGUACAAAGAGUUAAUGACAUGCUGGAAGUGUUAUGUACAUGACAAGGAUAUAUAUUUUAACUUAAUUUAUGAAGAACCUGCCAUGAUGAGUGAGACUGAAUGUCACCAGCCAGGACUGGGAAAACUUUUGUGUCUUUUUUUUGGUAUUUUUAUUCUGUUGCGCCCUACAGUUAUCUGUGAGCAAAUUUUGCUUGUAAACUAUUCAUCCACUCCUUUUGUUAAUGCAGUAAAUAGCUAGAUUCUCCUAGCAUACACAGACAUGUUAACUGCUUCAGUGUUGGAGUUCUUAUUCAAAAUGCUUUUGACGAGUGAAUGCAUUUAUUUUUAUUCUAAGACCGUUGAUUUUUUUUUCCAAUCUAGUAACAUUUUAAAAUUCAAGUAUUAUUUGAAAUUUUAAGUCAUCAUUUAUAAGUUUAGCAUGUAAUUUGAUAUUCUGUAAAUUUUUAUCACAACCUUUCAAUUGUCCCUUUCAAUCAAUAUUUUAGAAUCUAAGUAUGAAGUUAAUGUCACAAAAAUAUUACCUCUUAUCAAUGUUUUUCAUGUAAUGAAUGGUUGGGAUUAGGUGGCUAUAAUCAGAUAUCUUAAACAAUAAUGGUGAUUGUGAUCCUAGCUGAUAAUGUUCUCAUGAUCUAUUUACAAAAAAAAAACUAUUUGGUUUUUUAUUCAAUUUCCCUAACAUCAGUGUUUAUAAUUUCUUGUAAUUUUAAAAACUAUAUAAAAUAGAUUAUAUAAACACCAAUACUAGCACAGUUUUGCUAAAAAAAAUUUAUUUAUACACAAUAAGGACUCUAUGAUUCAUACUUACAGUAUCCAUGAAAUGAGUACCAUAUGUACAGUAAUUUGAGUAAUUUAGUUACAUACAACUUAUUUUGAUAGGCUUGUUACCUCUGACUAGUGAUAGAAAAAAAAAUAAGCAACCACUUCCUAGCCUUAGAAAUCCACAUUUUCCAUCAAGGCUAGGCAUCUGUCCAUCAUUGAAACUUGAUAACCAUGUUUGUUAAAAGAUGUAUAUUAAAUAUGUUGGAGUUUGUGUUACAACUCUUUACUGGUGAUUUCUGGUCUUUUUAUUGUCAUUCAAAUUGUGAUAUAAAAUUGUAUCAACAAUGUAGCUUUCCUUAUUUUGUUGGUUUUUUCUGUUCUGUAACUGUUGAGAAACUUGUGGACCAAUUAUCAUUGAAUUGAUCUGAAACUUGGUUAGUUUUUGUACUUUCAUGUUGAGUGUACAUUCAUCAGCAACUGCUUCAUUGGGGUAAAGUGACCAUGCAGUACCUGCCUACACAUAAUGACAUACCAGAUGCCUCUGUAGGCCUAAUAGAAAAACAUUUAUUUAUACAAGCUGUGCUCUUUAUCUGAAACCUUAAGCAUUAUAAGUAAGUCAGCCUUUAUUGUCAAUGCUGGUGAAGCUUCUUAUCAUGAACAUCCCUUACUUUAUUGGACAUUUUAAAAAAUAUGUCUAGUUCUGUUUGGCUUACUAAUAGUUCUAUACCUUGGCCGAGAUGUUUCAGUCUACCGAAGGUAACUUCUGAUUUGCUGAUAGUUUUAUUUUACAAAUUGUGUUCCAUGUUGUGCUUCUAAUAGUUACUGUAAUUAAUUAAUUCAAUUCUUGUGUACAUAUUCAUUAUUGUGCCUUUACAAAAAUGUCCAGAACCUAGUACUAAACUUUCUUUCCGCACGAAAAUCAAAUUCAGUUCAUUUCACACAAAAAUUUUAGCUACAGCCUUUGUGCUUCAGGUGAUAGGAAAAUACUUUUUUAACAGCUAUGUCCACAUGGCACCCAUCAUAUUUUUGUUUCAAGUUGUGUGUGCAUUCUCAUUGAUUCAGCACUGUAAAUUAUGCAUUAAAGAAGUGACAAUUUCAUUCCACAUGUUACAAGCAGGUGUCCACUUAAUAAAGAAUUUUUACUCAUUUCACUA